UGAGUCCAUUUUCAUGUUCCCAGGAAGGACAGUUUGUACACUGCAGCGCUUGCUGCUUGACUUUCAAGUCCCUGUUUACCCAGGGCAGUGGAUUACAGGGAUGAAUGAGUACAAAGCAUAGCAGAUGUCAGAGUAACAGUCAGAUGAGCUGUCCAACAUCCUCUUUUCCUUUCCUUCUUCAAUCAGUCAAGACAAAUUCCUAAUGCUGAAGGGCAUCUUCUCAAGUUGGCCAUUAGCACAAGAAUAAUGCACUCUUAGUCUCUGUCUAGUGUAAAGCACUGUUAUUUCUAAUACUAUAUAAAACUCCGUGAGUUUGGCUGCAGAGAUGUGUGUCAACCUUCUCCUCUGUUUUUGUGUUUACGGGGGGAGGGGUCAGUGUGACUAAGUCCACAAAUCAUAGCAAACCUCAAACAAAAUCAGUGCGUUCCCAAACACAAACUAUAAACUGCCACUGAUCCGAGUUUUUAGAUCUUUUGAAGGCUUGCACAGAACCAGCCACUGUUCCUGGUUACAUGUGGGGAAGUGGGGAAGUCUUUUAUUCCAUUGUUGGAGACCUUACUUGAAAAAAAAAAAAAAAAACAGACCUGACCAAAAAAUUGAAGUAAUUCAGAAAGUCCACGGGCCGUGUAUAUUGCUCUCCUCAGACUGAGAUGCAGGAUAGGAAGCACCUACAAGCUAGUGGUGCCUAAAUGAAUUGUCAGAGUGCAGCGCCUCAUCUGUGGGGUUUCCAAAUUAAUUCUGGCAUGUAUAGUCCUUAUCCCUUCUUACAGUCCCCGAGCUUUUGGAUUUUUGGAAUGGUUCAGAUCCAUACUUUCCCUCAGCCCUUGUGAAGAGGUUAGUGCAAGACUUCUUUACCUCUUUCCCUUUGCCUUCCUCUCUGCCUCCUUUCCACUCUGAACACAGUGACAAAGACAUCAUGGAGAGUAAGAAUGUUUUGUAUGUCUUCCUUUAUCUCUUGAUAAUGGAGAUGUCUGUGAUUCGCUUUGCAUAAAAUAAUAUACGUUGGAAGGGACCUCUGGAGGUCAUCCACUCCAAUGGCUUGCUUAAAGCAGGACCAGCUUGUAUCAGUAGAUCUUCAUUGAGCUGCUGUUUUAACUUAAUGGAACCUUUAAAAAAAAAAAACACACACACAAGGUUACUGUGGCUGCCAGUGUGUGCAGGGAAACUGAAAGCCACAAACCUAUGCUCAAGUCUUUCUGUUAAGCUGCAUGUACUUAUCUCUGUUCUCUUUUAGCAAGUGGAACAAAUAUUCUUAUGGGUUAUAGACUGAAAGUUAUGCAGAGCAAAUGGAUCCUAAAGUAUUGCAGGGCUGUGAUCCCUGUAAAAAUUUUUUUCACUUCCCAUUCUGAAGUGAUUGUAUGCUUGCUUUUUAAAGACAGAGAGAAAUGGAGUUGGUUGAUUUCCUUAAAUGCUCACUGUUCUUGUAGUCUGCAAGUUGACUUUCAGUUGCAAAGAAAUAGCUCUGCUGUCUUGCACUUUCAAAUUCAUCUAGGCUGAGGUGGAAAUUUGCAGCCCCACAGCUGGCGCUGCUGUGGAGCUUAAUGAAACCCACACACCAUCCCAGAAGAGGUACUUCCGUAACAAACAGUGACUGCUCCCAGUGAUAUCCUGCAUGCUAGGGGAAAUGCAUGAGAGGGAAAAAAAUUUCUCCAAUGAAAUUAGUAAUACUGUCUGCAUUUUUAGAAGGAGGAGAUUAAUGUGCCUGCUGGGAACCUAACACUAAAGGGAUUCACAAUUAAAACUGGCCAGAACUUACUACUCUUUGUGUGGAACAUGGCUGAACGAAAGAGGAAGCCCAAGUUUUCCAAGGAAGAACUGGACAUUCUGGUCACUGAGGUGACCCGAAAUGAAGCCAUGCUGUUUGGGAGGGAGACAAUGCGUCUAUCCCAUGCUGACAGGGACAAGAUCUGGGAAGGCAUAGCCAGGCAGAUCACAUCAGUCAGCCAGGUCCCCAGGUCUGUAAAAGACAUUAAACACAGAUGGGACGACAUGAAGAGAAGGACCAAGGACAAACUGGCAUUCAUGCAGAGGUCCCUCUCGAGCCCCGGCAGCACGGGGCGGCCCUCGGCCAUCGUCCUGACCGCCCACGAGAGAGCCAUCGAGUCGACGCUGCAUUCGUCUCGCCAGAUGCACGGCUUCCGGAGAGCGGAUCUGGACGUGGUUGACAGCCCGUCAACAAGCUCUGACGAAGAUGAGGAGAUGCCAGGCACUUCUCGGGAACACUGCUUCUCAUCUCUGCAGAGGGCCGGUGCAGAAGUCAGUCAGCUCUCCGGGCCCUCCUUCCUGCGCACCUCUUCGUCAUCAGAGCACUCGGAAGCUACCAGCCAAAGGCAGGAAGUGCACCAUCCGUCCCCACGCACUCCGUCGUCCUGCAGACCUCCGCACCCACGAAUGAGGAGCCCACCUCUCUCCAGCUUUGAUCGCCAGCUUCUUCAUUCUCACACGCAGCAAACAGACCUGUUCAGGCAGUUCUGCCAGGAGCUGGUGGCUAUUCACAGAGACAUGGCAGAUAGCAUGCAUGUGAUCGGUCAGAGGAUGGCUGACCUCACCAACCAAGUUGGCCAGAUGUGCCAGACCCUUUCAGAAAUCCGUGAUGGCGUCCAGGCUUUCCAUAAGAUACAGGAUCCUAGUGCCAUGCAGGGGUCUCUUCUGCAAGCAGCUUGCUCAAAACCUGACCCUGAGCCCAGUGCAGAGUCUAACCCAAACCCCCCAAAGCAGACUCCUCCUGCACGGACUACCAGGUCACGAAAGAGAAAACACCAUUUCUAGUCCGCUUCAUAUAAAGCAAAGAAAGGUGCACCAUUUUGAGCUGCUGCAUGCUCACGUGGCAUCUACAUGUGGAUCAGUAUUAUGUGGGGAAGGUAAACAGCCACCCCACCCUGUCCACCCCCCUGCUCUCUAAUAAAACAGUAUGAAUUAUGGGAGCUGAGUAGUAGGGCUGGCCCUCUGCAAUGACAAAGAGGAAUCUCAGAUAUUAUAGAGCUUGGGAUGUAAGGCAUCUUUCUGUUCCUAGAGAUUAGGAAUUAUCACUAGUUUCCCUAUGCUUUAAAUGCUCUAGAGACUAAGAGAUGCAAUAGGAUUCAUUAUCUUGAUCUCCUUUUCAUGCCUGUGAAACAUUAUUUACUGAGACUGUGUACUGCAGAACUCCCUUUACAGUCAACCCACAAAUUUACUGUAUUACUGCUUUCCUAUCAUCACCCUGCAAAUUAGUGUAUGCACUGUGCAGAGUCUUAACUAACAGUAUCCUUGCAGCUCUAAAAAGUCUAAUUGUUCGUUGUUUUUAUCUUGGGUUCAGCAAUAGUUCAGGGCUUACUGUGACUGUUACACACAAGUUCAGGGAAAGGGAUAUAAAAGCAGAGCGUAUGCAGGGAAGGGGAGAGAGCACGAUGCUGAGAGAACUUUCUGCCAGCAGAAUGACAGGAGAAGAGAUGUGAGCACUGUGUAGCUUUAGUCUGCUGAGAAGGGGUGCUCUGGCACGUGCCUGGAUCCCUGCAGUACCACAUGCACUUAUUUUGAAGAGUUUAAUCUUUGUCUUCUUCAGUCUAUCUGAAACCCAACCUACCCUUCACAUUUGCAGUUAAAAUAUGGUUAUACAUAAUAUGGCAGAACUCGAGCAGAAUUGUGGUGUAUUAUUUUCUUGCAUGUUUUAAUUCUCAGUUUUGAACAACCUCUGCCUCCUCAAAAUGUGAGAGACUGUGCAGAAACAUGGGGAAGAUAUAGGGCCUGCUUCUGACCUCAAGAAUAAUUUUGUUUUAUGUCACUGUAACUCUGUCAACUUCAUUACAGUUACUUUGCACUUAUUCUGCAUUGUUUAGGGUGGAAUCUGUACUGUGUUCUCCUGUCGUGGAGAGUUUACAAUCUAAAUUCACAGCUAUAUAGGUUAAAACCUUGAACGUGUUGGUUUAGUACUGCUUUUUUUUUCUCUCCGUCCAGAUGCAAGGAAGAACAGUGUUGUAACAUUUUAAUUGUUUCAGUGCUGCAUGAGGAUUCCAUGUAUGAUCCCAAUUUUGAAACUAGGCUUUAAUAAUUUCACCUCAUGUGGUAGUAACAUACACGGCAGCUUUUUUUACAGUAUGUCUGUUUUCUGCUUGAUUUGCACAUCUGCACUUACCAUGCUUUCCCCAUCUCUGGAAAAAUCUGGACCAUUAUCCUGCCAUGUCUCAGCAGGGGAGAGGGCCAAGGUGUUGAUCGCACACAGCACGCCACUGCUCUCUGGGCUGUCCUGCUGUAGGCAGAGCUGCAUUGCAGAAAACCAUUCAGCCGAUCCUCAUGUCAUGUGUGGGCUACAGGCUUGGCCAAAAAGUUGUAUAAAUUUUAUCAGGAAUUGAACAUAGACAGCACAGUACAGCAGAAGGAUGGCUCACUUUACUCGCUUUUAAAGAAUCUUCUUUAAUCUGUUUGGCCUCUCCUUUAAAUGCAUGUUGUCUUCGGUUCUGUUUCGGACAGCUCGCUGUGUGACUGCAGUGUCAAACAUUCCUGAUAUGGUUUUCCUUUUUUUCUUUUUAAUUGUUCUGUAAUGCUAAUGCAAAUAAUGAUGUGGUAAAAGGCCCUUGCUCAAGGAAUUAGAGGUCUGGUAAUGAGGAAAAAACUUCUUUCUUCUGAGGAAUGACUGCUUUGGUUUCACACAGAGGAACUUCCUCUUAGUGCCAAUGCCAGCCGAGGUCAGGAUUCACUAACCUUUCUGUGAGAAUGUGAUUUUACUUCUGUUUGUAACAUUUGUAUUCUGCAGAAGUUACAAUCUGUCCUCUUCUAAAUUGGAGGGAAGAUUGGUAAAUCUGAGAGAAGUGGAUUUAAUGAUAUGAUUUACAGAGAACUGAAAAAUGAUGACAUGUUCUAAAGGCUUUUUAAGUCAAUACAGUGCUGCUGCUAUGUAUUAGAAGUAGUAUUUUACAUUUUUAUAGUAUUAGGUCCAUGCUGAUGUUCUCCUGUUGAUAUACUGAUUGGAUUAGCUGUUUUGCUGUUGUCUUGGGGAAUCCCCUCCAGGAACCCUCAGAUCCGCACAGCAGGAGACUCCUGCAGAUGCUGAGCACUGCUGGGAGCUAGGAGGACUGUUAGGAUCAUUGCUGCCAUCAGUCUGCGUGUAUAGAAGCACUUAGAGAGUGAACCCUGUUUUUCUGGCAGCAGGAUGUGCAGCCUUAAAGAGAAACUCCUCAAAUAUUGUGCUUAGGAGAAAGGACCAUGUAUUAUUAUACACUGACUGAUGUCUCCCCAAUUUUCCUCUGUGGAAUAUAACAGAUUGGCCCAAAUCUGGGGCCAGAUUUCCUGCCCUGUGUAGAUCCCUUAGUGAAGUGGCUUUUCUGUACUGGCUUGCAAAGGAUAUAUUGUCCCGUAUGCAUCAUGUUAACUGAUUACUGAAGUAAGUGGCCCAUGUCAAAGCAAACUGCUGUGCUUAGCCCCAGUAUUUUCAUGUCUUGUAUAUGCUGAAAAUUCUCUCUUUAAAAAUAUUUUUGUUAAGAUUACAAUAAAUAUAUAACACUUUUAUCACA